AUGAGGGGGAAUGAUUACAGUGACGAUGUAUACUGCAGACUCUGCGAUUGCAGCAAUCCAAGCUCAGGAUGUGGCUGGGUCGGAGACACCUACGGAAAAGUGAUCUGCACGAGCUGCGAUUUUAUCAAGCAUGCCUCUGUCAGAGUAAAAUAUUUCGAUAUAGCAGGCUGUGGACAUGAAUUGAAGAGGGGAAAUCUUCUCAAUAGUGCUUGA